UUUCCACACGAGGACGCCUAAUAUCUAAAGGACAACGGAUAAUGUUUUAAUUUCGAUAAAAUUAUAUGGUAAAAAUGGAUAUUUGUCGACAUCUCUCGUUACUGGCUUGCUGCCUCCUCACGGCGAAUCUCGCUUUCGCCUCACAGGGACCAGUCUUCAUCAAGCCCGACGGUGCACCGAUUGCAAUCCAGCCAACCGCCACAAAACAGGGAAACUAUGUCACUCAAACUGUCUAUGGAUUUCUGGAUUUCACCACGACAAUUGGUAACACUGUCAUGGUGUUCUCUCCGCAGAGCGCCGAGACAGCCAUUCCAGAACCUCCAAAGCCAGCGAAAGAUAUAUCGAGCAACAACGUUAUAGAAACGAAACCAAACGCCCCAAAGAAGGAGGUCGAAAUUAAGCCCACCAAAACGCAAACUCCUAUCGAAAAUAAGCCACCUGAGACAACUAAAAAGGUGUCAUCGGUGGUUCAAGUCCAGUCCAAUCCGUCCCCAACUAAGGUGGAGGUGAAAUCAUCGCCAUCUGUGAAAAUCAACGUGAUAGAAGGCAAGCCCAGCACAAAUGUUCCGAAGUCUCCCGUAGUCGUUAGCAAAGUGCAAGUAGUCGAAGCUCCCGCCAGUAAACCAUCACCCAACGUUAUAACUAAAGUAGAAGUCGUCGGCGGUCCGACGAAAUUACCGAAACACCAUCCAAUAAUCGCCAGCAAGGUCGAGGUACACACCGGCCAUAAGGAAGCUUCUAAAGUCGUCCAUAGCGUCGUGCAAGUAAAGUCGGACGAAGAACCGGCCGUCGUCAUAGGAAAUAACAUUGGUGAACCGGAAUACGACUUCCUCUCCAGACAGCCGUCAGAGGUCGUCGAGGAAACGUACAAAGUUAUAAACCUCAAGCCCAGUUCUAAGUUCCACUUGAAGCAUCGUCCGUCAACCGACGUCAAAAAGGCGGCAACGAAGAGGUCGGACGCCGCCCAUCCGACGGGGCUGGUUACGAAAUUAGGAGGGACCGUGGUGAAGGACGGGGUAACCACUGUUCAUGAGACUAGUGUUAUUGGAACGUACAUUUCAGGCAAAUACGCCCAAGUUCUCCAGAGCACAUCCCAAAUCAUCAACAACCAGAAGGGAAGGAUCAACCCCUCCCCGAGCCUGAGAAUAUUGAAGACUGCCGCCCCCACACUGGGCAAGGGCAACAAGCACCACCGCCACCUCGAGCCGACGCCUGCGGGCGCCAUCAACCAGGAGGCCUCCGUGCAGGCGGACGCGCACCAGAACUCCAUCAAGUCCACGAGGAAGCCCAGCGGGCCCGGCAGCUCUUUCAAGCGUUUCAAGAACAGACAUAAAGAACCAGACGUCGUGGAGGAAAUCAAGGAACCGGAAGCGGCCGCGCCCCAGCCCAGUUAUAAGAAAUCACAGAAAAAUAGGAACCAGCAGACGCAGGGCGGCCGCAACGCCAAACACAACACAUCCUCACAAAGUCCUCAAAAACCUCGCCGGAAUAGAAACAGAAAAACUACCACUACUACUACUACCCCAUCUGUACACAGCGAGGAAACGACGCCAGCGCCCUCUGGCAAGCGCUUUUCAGGCAGGAAGAACAAGCAAAGCAGGGCGUCUACCGUAAGUCCGGAAAAUAACAGCGCUAACACCAACAACAACAGCAACAACAACAAUAAUAACAACAAUGGCGGCUUCAGCAGGAGAGGAUUCAAACCGAAAGUCCAGGCAACUUCAGUGGAGCAAGCUGGCCAGGCUGCUUCUAGUAGUCUGUACAAGUUUAAACUGAACAGAUCUCCCGGCAGAUGGCAGUACAAAACUACAUCCAAGCCCCGGGUAACUAUUCGGAAGCAAAACAACGACGAAUUAGCCAGCAAUAACGGCGAUACGUUGGGCACGACGUCUUCGUCCCUGCAAGAAGCCUCCCAGCCUCAAAUCAACGACGUCGUUACACCUCAGGCCAGAUCCGACGACGUCGACAGUUUAGAAGGCUCUGAAUCAAUUGCUUCAAUUAUUGAUGACGAGAGCUCCACGGAAAAUAAACUCGAUACUCCGGCCUUUCCCAUAGAAACUAUUAAAGUUGAAAUUUCAACGCCCCCAGACUUAACAGAUAUCUACUACGAAAUUGCCACAAUCAAGACACCCUACACUUUCCAGGUUGGCAGCAUGAAAAACACCCGAUACAUAACGGUGACCUCGACAUUCGAGAAGAGCUUCGAGACCCCAGAGCCCACUUCGACGAAGAGAACGGAGCCCCUCACAGAAAACAUCCUCGCCACUUCCAGCAAUUACGCGAAGGAUAACAAUUACUUGGAUUCGAGCAUCGCGACCCUGCCUCCUAUUUAUCUCGCAUCAGACAUGGAAACCCCACCUCUGGAGACGCUCACAGAGACGUUCAGCACGACUCAGACAAUGCUGAAGACACACAUUUUGCCUGUCGUUCGCAACGGGAACGACACCACUAGUUCAACUUUAGUGCAAACGUACAUAGUAACGAGAGUGGUGACAGCCAGUAAGACACUACCACCCAUGGACGCAUAUAACUUCAUACCCAGCAAGACCCUGAACGAAUUCAACAGCCACUUAGACGAAGCCGGAUCUGAACUCCACUUGGAACUUGAAUUCGGCGACCAGAACGACCAGGAAGACGGCCAGUUAAAGAAAGUAGCCUUCCAAGACCUAGACCUGGCAAAUAUCGGUUCCGACUUUGACUUGUCGGACGUAGAUAAGUCCAAACUUGAGGGUCACUUACGUCUGAAGAAGGCGCACGCUCCACAAAAACCUACAGCGAACGAACUGGUUACUCCAGCCUUAAAUCCAGAUCAGCUUCAGCAGUUAGCUUUGCUGAGACUGUUAAACCCUGCAGCAGCCCAAGGCCAAGUAAUCACCACCUCAAAACCAGUACUUAAAGUAGAGACAGUGUAUGAAACGCACGUCCUACCUGUUACCCAAGGCCAAAAUACAAUCCUCAGUACCAUUUCCAAAAUCAAAGGCACGUUCACCAAGACAGACUUCGAGUUUGGUACAAGUACCAUUGCUCCUGCCCUACCCAUUCCUCCUCUUGUGCCACAGAUCCCACAGUUGCCACAGAUACCGCAGAUACCACAGAUACCACAGCUGAAUCCAUUCCUACCCCAAGCUCAACCACAAUUUGCUGUAACGUCGUCACCAGUUACCCAGAGCACUGUGAUUACUCAAACAAACAGCAAGGUGCUCAAAUUAACCUUUGGAGCCAAGACAGCUCAAACUACUGUCUUCUCCACGACAGUAGUGCCCACUGUUCUGACGUCAUACGUGACUGCUUCUGUACCUGUAGCGCCGACUGCUGCCGCCUUUCCUGGAUACUAUCCUCAACCGUUCCCCGCAGGAUAUCCGUACGUAGGUUGAAGCGUAGGUAGAAAUUAUAUUUAUUUAUUAACGGACUAGUGCAGCUUGAGUAACCCGGACUAAAUUCUAGUGAAUUAUAGUGAUAUGGAACACUUGGAUAAGUGAUGUUUGAUAAACGCGAACUGCAUUUACAUCGUAAAUAGGUAGUGACCUUUCAAUCAUGUAUUGUAUAUAAACAUAAAUCAUUUUUUUACGAAUCAUCGAAGAGUUGGAUCUACUCUUAGUUUGUAUAGUUAGAUUUAGUGAUAUUUUGUACUGAUUCAUUAUUUAUAUUGUUAUACUGUAAUAGUCACUUACAUGUAAAAAUUUCGUUUUGUAUAUUUUGUAAAAAUAUUUUCGUGCAAUAAUGUAUUCAUCAUAAGAUUAAUUUAAUA